UGGAUGUGUGUUGGACAGCAGAUACACUGAGCAAGUGCGUUACUCUCGCUCAUGAACAUUCAGACUUCAUGCUAUAGGUUACUGGAUGUAGUUUAAGCAUUUUUGUUCUCUGAGGAUACUUUUUGGCAUUUAAAAAAAAAGUAAAGUAGUUUUGUCUUGAAUGUUUUAUUAUGAUUGAAGAUACAAAUAUGAAUUUUAUUAGAGAUCGCAGCACCUUCGCGGUAUGGCAGAGCUGCCGUACUUCUACCUGAAAGAAAUGAAUUUAAGUUCGUGUGGCUAGAUAUAGGCUAUCAGUAUUGUGGAGGAAAGUGAGAAGCCAUAAGGAAGAAAGCGAACAUGGAGACAUUUACAAUUAACGGUAUGCUCAUCAAUUCCACUGAUAUUUAUAAAGUCUUAUGUGGAUUGGGAAUCGGGAAUAUGUCGGAGUGCAAAAACGACAGUGACGCCACAUUCGAACCGAAAGAUAUAAACCAGACGGUGCGAAUUGUGCUGUAUAUUGUCAUCUUCCUCCUGAGUGUCAUAGGCAACAGCCUCAUCAUCACAGUGCUGUUGCGGAACCGUCGGAUGCGGACAGUGACCAAUCUGUUCCUGUUGUCUCUAGCCAUUAGUGAUCUCAUGCUUUGUCUCUUCUGCAUGCCCUUCACCCUCAUCCCCAACCUCAUGAAGGACUUCAUCUUCGGCUGUGGCAUGUGCAAAGUGGCCACGUAUUUCAUGGGUAUUUCAGUGAGCGUAUCCACAUUCAACCUUGUGGCGAUUUCUCUGGAACGCUACAGUGCCAUCUGUAACCCCCUUAAGUCCCGCACCUGGCAGACAAAGUCCCAUGCCGCAAAAGUCAUCACAGCCACUUGGGUCGUAUCUUUUCUGCUCAUGUUGCCGUACCCGAUAGGCAGCACACUAGUGCCUUUCAUGCGCAGUAACAACAGCACUGGUAACAUGUGUCGCUUGGUUUGGAGCAGUGAUGUUAUGCAACCCUGGUAUGUCUUCCUGUUGCUGACACUCUUUCUUGUGCCCGGGAUCAUAAUGAUGACAGCUUAUGGCCUCACCUCACUCGAACUUUACAGAGGAAUCAAAUUUGAGAUGGCUAAUAGGAGGUCAAGCAGAGACAAUGCUAGUCUGAAACAUGGCGAAAGCGAUGGCUGCUACCAGGCCUCCAAGAGGAAGCGCUCGGACCCCUUGACUCCUGGCUCAAGCAACACAAAAUCCAAACUCAGCAGGGUUUGCAGCAACAGCCCUACAGCAAACCUCAUGGCCAAGAAACGUGUCAUACGCAUGCUGUUAGUUAUCGUAGGGCUGUUCUUCCUCUGCUGGACGCCGAUCUUUGCCGUUAACGCCUGGCGGGCCUUCGACAGACGUUCAGCUGAUCGUCUCCUCUCAGGUGCACCAAUAUCCUUCAUCCACUUGCUCUCCUACACCUCUGCCUGCGUCAACCCCAUAGUCUACUGCUUUAUGAACAAGCGGUUCAGACAAGGUGUGCUGGCGACCUUCCCCUGCUGCAGGGCUGAUCAUGUUGAGAUGAGCAGGGGCAGCAGCCGGCGCAGUGCUUGAGCUGGUGGAGGGCUGGGAACUUUGUUUGGAACAGGAGGAGGUGGACAGGAUAACAGGACCUCACAAACCUCUGGAACACUUACCAGGCUAACCGAUACCAGUAUUCGAGGUCUGCACAAGCAUAAUUAAAGACCCUGGCAAUGACCCUGACUUUAAAGCCUUAAGAUCUUUUCAGCCUAGGAACCCAUUUUGGGUUGCAAGAACUUCUUUCGACAAGAACUUUAUUUUGGGUAAAGUCUGAAUAAUAUUAUAUCAGUACCAAAAUAUGAAUGAGAAAUGAGACAUUGCUAAGCUAAUUGAAAUAGUUUAGAACCUUUUUCAGAAAAUGAAUGACCAGUUCCCUAGAUGAAGACAGAGACUUGAUGAUAACAAAUGAGAACUCCUAUAUGCAGGCGAUGGUGGGCAAUAGCAUUGAAAUGAUGACAGAAUCCAGUGCUUAAUUUUGGAUAUAUAUGUCAUUGUUAAAUAAACAGGAGCAUCAAAUGGAGUAGGACUGUGGCAUUGAGAGAGACUUCACUCCCCAUUAGGGUUCUGACUUAAAGGAAUAGUUUACCCCAAAAUAAUAAUUGUCUCUUCAGUUACCCUCAUGCCGGGUCAGAUUGUGUGGCUAUAUUUCUCCUGUGGAGCAUAAAGAACGAUUUUUUUGUUUUUUGAAGGAUGUAUGAUGUGUUUUUGUCCGUACAAUAUACGUCAGUGGGGUCGAAAAUGUUCAAGCUCCAUAAAGGACAUAAACGCAGCAUAAAAGUAAUCCAUACAACUUGAGUGGUUUCGUCCAUGUCUUUUAACCUCCUGAGACCCCGCGUCUACAUGCGUGGACAUAACGCUGUGGCUUCGCUAUAGGCUAUGCAUAAUUUUAUUUCAUUUAAACCAACUGAUAUUAGUUCAGGAGACUCUAGGCGGUCAUUAAAGGGUUAAACUUUCGACGCAAUGAGUCAUGUGACAAAACAACAUGGCACCGAUCUCAGCUGAGUUUGUCUUUGGAAGAAACAGCAACUAAACUACAUCUGGUAAGAAACCUCAUUAAGUUUUUACAUUAAAACCUGUUUGAGUCAAAAGAGCAGACUGUCUAAUUUCAUCCAAUAUGCCAUUUUAAAAAUGUCAUUGAUUUAUUGCAAAACGGCACGCUGUUAAACACAAUGACCACGUAUGUGGACUAUAGGCUAAUUUUCCUUAAAAUAUCCUGUAUUCACUGUGCAUUUUCAUAUUGAGAAUCAAUGGAUGCAUCCAAAAGCUGAAAAUUGUUGCUUUCAGAGGCUGUAUACAGAGUUAGAAUGAAAAUAAGGUGCAUUUCAAACUGUUCUGAGACCAGUGCAGACAGACAGCACACUGGAGUUUAAGUCAUUCCCUAAUUAGGGAGCAAGGGAGCGUCCUAUAUCUUUCUUAUGCAGCCAGGUGCACUCACUCCUAACAUCCGUUCAAAAGUUUAGUUCCAUGCUGGAGAUGAUGUUUGGACCACACAACAUGUUUGUCAGACAUGGGACAAUGGUAAUCAGUACAUAGAUUCAGAAUUUAUAAUAUAUGAUUUUAUUUUAACAUGGUUGGCAGUGAUUGGAUGAUGAGGGCCAUUAAUUUGAAUCAGAAUUAAUUAUGCUAAUUUCUGAUGUAAUGUCUGUAAUGUCUCAAAAAUAUGAAUAACCAACACUCCUGGAAACAUAAACAAUUUGAUAAAAAAAAAAAAAAAAUCCGAUUUUCUAUAGCUUGGUAUUGUUUCACAUAAAUUUCACAACUUAGUCCCACUGUCCACAUAUGUGGACAUACAAUUUUAGGAAAACUAUUUGAUCUAAAAUUGCAUGUUUCUUAGUGGCUACUAGUUACAAAUCAAAAAGGGGAAUGGAAAAUGAACACAGCAGUCAUGCUUGGUUCUCAAGAGGUUAAAGUGAUACCAUCGUUUUGGGUGAGAAACAAUCCAAAUUUAAGUCCUUAUUCACUAUAAAUCCUGACAUCCCCAGUCUUUUGGCGAGUUCAUGAGAGAAGCUUGUUCACACUUCUCCACAUACUUGACGCAGAUGCAGAGCGCUAUACACAAACCACACACAGUUUUACCAGGUUUGUGGUUUUCACACCCAGCUGGGCUGUUUUGAAAAUGCAGACGUGAGUUAAAAUGAACCCAAAAAGUUCGAGUUUUUGCAUUUUCAAAACAGCCCAUUUGAUAAUUGUCAAAUAUAUGGUGGUUGCCAACUAGAAAAUAAAAAUGCAACGUAUAACGUCUUAUUAAUGUGUAAGGUUAUCGGAAUUGAGUACCUAGAAAUGGCGUGCAGCAUCAAAGACACCAUCUUGAAACCUGUGAAACAUUUUGGACUGUUUCUUGUUCAAAGCUAUCAUAUCACUUCAGAAGACAUGGACUAAACCACUCGAGUCGUAUGGAUCACUUUUAUGUCUUCUUUAUGUGUUUUUUGGAGCAUGAAAGUUUUGGACCCCAUUGACUUGCAUUGUAUGGACAAAAACACAUCAUGUAUCCUACUAUAUAUCUUUAUUUGAGUUCGAGUUUGAGAGCGCAAGAGGGUGAUUAGAUGAUGAGAGAAAUAUCAUUUUUGGGGGGGAACUGUCCCUUUAAUGUUGGAUAUUACAACAAAACACAAGACUUGUGUUGACCUUGUGGCUUUCCAAUUUUCUGGCCAACCUGCUGCUCCCUGUUAAAGAAGGAAAAUUAAUUUGGUUUGCUUUAUAUUUAACUUUGUUUCUGUGUUGAACAGACAAAGCUAUUGUCCAAAUGUUUCGAGAAAGUUCUGUUCAUGCUUUGAGAGAUCUCUACCACGGUUGAGCAGUGAGCAGAUCUGGUAAGUAAAACUAAACUAACAUUUAAGACAGUGCACUUGCAUAAAUGUGAUAUUUUUUCAUCAUUGCCUCCAAGGACGUCCACACAUAUUUAAUUCUCAUGAUAAUACAUGUAUGAUACAUAUUCGUGCAAUAUAUAACAGUAAACUCUCUUUGGCUCAGAUUAUACAAAAUGUCAUUUUGACAUUUUAUAUCCUGCCAAACUGUACCUCAAUGUAGCAUUAAUCUUAUUCUUCCAGGAAAGGGCACAGUCAUUUUUUUUUAUCUUGUGUGUUAGGCCAACCUAUACUAUUUGUACACUGUUACACAGAGUCUAUCCUUAUCAUUGCAUGAGAUUUUUCACACCUGUUGCCCACUUCAAAGUACCUUCCCAAGGCUGCUGCUGACAUCUGGGCUAUUUUCAACCAUAGCACACAUUGUAGGUCAUGGAGUAUUGUAAUAUUUGUUUAUAGCAUUCGUAUAUGCCAAACUCCCAUUUGUAUUUCUUGCUUUCUUUAAAAUGAUCAAUUUUGUCUUCAUUUAAUUAGAUAAUUCAACAUGUUUCAUUAUGAAUGGCCAGUGUCAAUGUCAAUGUUUAUUCGGAUAUUGAGAAUGCACAUAUGUCUGACAAGUUGCCUAUACUCAUUGGCAUUAAAUUAUGUAAAGUCUUAAUCAUUUGUCUAAUGUGUAUACCAGGAAAUUAACCAUCCAAAAUGCUACAAUGCAAAACCACAUCAAAUUAUUAUGUAUUUGACUUACUUAAAAAUGUAAUCAAUUUUUAAAUAUUGAUGGUAUCCAGACUGACAUAUGUCAGAGCUCUUCACAUCAUCUAUUAUAUUAAUAUUUUAGAAGUGCUUUGUACAAAAUACACCUUUGGGGUUGAACCAAAAUGUUCCUUUUCAAAUUAUAGUAUAGUAUAUUAUUGUGAAGUCGCACCACUAAAAUUACCUUUUUUUUUUCAUAUUUGUAUUUUCAAUGCUUUUAUCAGACAGAUAUAAACAAGGUACAGUGUAGGAAGCUGAAUGGUUAAGGAACUAGGAACCAAUGAAACAAUUUUUUCAGCCCUAGAUAAGGGCUACCAAAAAAUAAAAAAAGUAGAAAAAAAACAACAAAAAAAAAACUUAGAUCAGUUUGGCUUCAUCACAUUUAUCUAUUAUCUUUGAUUUAAAAAGUAGCCUGCUAAAUGAC